GCUCAGCUAGACCUGGUUUGUUAUCCGGCAGACCAAACAUAGCACUUAUGCAAAACUGUACCUUUUGCAUCUGACGAGCUUCAGGAAAUCUUAUAACCAAAGCUUUGACCAUGCUCACUGAGACAUAUAUCUAAGCUGCAAGUUUCAGGAAUGGAUAAACAGGGUAAUGGCGUUGUCAGAAGAAACCCGUGGCUUAGACUACUCAGGUGUUGUUAUGAGCAGCAAAUUAAUGUGGGAGAAGAAGAUAAUGUCGCGGAAAAAAGGAAGCAUAACUACCUGGACCUUAAGUUAAACUUGAAGUGGGGAAAGUGGGUGGUCGAUCCAGCAGAGCAGUUCUAUUAUGUCUGGCUACAGGUGAUGACAGUACCCAUUGUUUAUAACUGGGUGAUCAUUAUUUUAAGGACUUGCUUCAGGGAAAUUGCACAGAGCUACCUUCCUGUGUGGCUUUUUCUGGACUAUCUGUCAGAUCUAAUGUAUACAGUAGAUAUGAUCAUCACUCUUCAUUCUGGUUACAUGGAUCAAGGCAUCCUGAUUACAGACCUGUCUCAGUUAAGGAAGCGUUACCUGGGCUCUAAACAUUUCCUAUGGGACAUAGCUUCCUUGCUGCCAUCAGACUUCCUCUAUUUUGCUUUUGGCAUUGAAACUUCUUUAGUGAGGGUAAACCGUCUUCUACGCAUCCCAAGACUGAAUGAAGCUUUGGAUCGCAUGGAGACAAGAUCUUCUUACCCAAAUACUUUCCGCAUCACAAAGCUUAUGAUCUACAUCUUUGUGCUGAUUCAUUGGAAUGCUUGUCUGUACUUUGCAUUGUCCAGUUACAUUGGCUUUGGGAGUGAUAGGUGGGUCUACCCAAAUAUCACAAAUACCACAUUUGCCUCCAUGCGCCGUCAGUACUUUUACUGCUUCUGGUUCUCAGCUCAGAUAUUCACGACAGUUGGAGAUACCCCCCUGCCAAGUAGGGAGGAGGAGUACUUAUUUAUGAUUGCAGAUUUGCUCAUUGCUGUUCUGGUUUUUGCAUCAAUUGUUGGUAACGUUGGGAAUGUCAUCACAAGCUUAAGGGACCGUGACAACGUCUUCUUCCCAAAUCAUGAGCUGGUGAAAGCAUACCUGCGUAGCCAUCACGUUAGCAAGGAGCUUCGGCAGCGCAUUGACAACUGGUAUCAGCACCUUCACAUCAACAAGAAGAUUAUGCGGGAGAAUGAAAUCCUACUGCAUCUUCCUUUACAUAUGAGAACAGAGAUUGCUGUUAGUGUUCACCUGCCCACACUCUCCAAAGUCACCAUCUUCCAGAACUGCGAGACAAGUCUGCUGGAGGAGCUGGUUCUAAAACUAACACCACAGGUAUUUAGUCCAGGAGAGUAUGUUUGCAGGAAGGGAGAUGUGGGUCACGAAAUGUACAUCAUCACAGAAGGAAAGCUUGCAGUUGUUGCAGAUGAUGGGGUGACGGAAUUUGCUGUGCUGGGUGCUGGGAAUUUCUUUGGAGAAAUUAGUAUCCUCAACAUAAAAGGCAACAAAUCGGGCAAUCGUCGCACUGCCAACAUUCGAAGCAUUGGCUACUCUGACCUCUUCAGUUUGUCAAAAGAAGACCUCACCGAUGUGCUGUCUGAGUUUCCAGCGGCCAAACGUCACUUGGAGGAAAAAGGCAGACAGAUCCUUACCAAGAUGAACAUGCUGGAGGAGAGUGUGGAGUCAAAGGAGGGGGAGGUAGAGAAGGUUGAAACCAAGAUAAGAAGACUUGAGAGCAACGUGGACAUCCUGCAAACGAAACUUGCACGACUAAUGAUGGAAUUAGAGUCCAGCAACAGCAAGAUGCAUGCCAGGGUGGAGCAGCUGCAGUUGGAGGUAGAAGCUUUGGAGACUCAACUGCCGGAUGGUGGACAACUGGAAGACGGGUCAUUGGUGAGGGAGGAGAGCAUAGGUGGUGAGGUUGAGUGGGAGAGGGAAGAGGCAGAGGGAGAGGAAGAGCACAUUUCAGAUUGGAAGGUGGAAAAACAGGCACCGAGAGAAGUUGGUGGUGCCAAUAUGGAGGAGGAAAUCGAAACAACUAAAGAUGCACAGGAACAGAUUGAAAGGAUGAUGGAGAGAGAUAAAUCUGCCUUAAACGAGUCAGAUAAUCAGGCAGAGAAUAAAGGUAACGAUGAAGAGAGGAGUGGAGACACGAGAUAAAGGAGAUAAGAAACCUGGGAAAGAUAAUGAAGUUUACCUUGAAUCUAGAAAGAGGAAAUCUGGUAAAAGUAUGGAAAUAAAAUAUUGGAAGGUCUCAGAAAAGACUGAAGAAGACAUGGCAUAAAAAGCAGAAGAUGUGCUCAAAUGUACUAAUUUGUCGCUUACAUGGAAAAAAUAAUAAAUCUC